GAUGUGGUGGUGUUGUAACGGUCGCAGCGUUAACACAACAAAAGACUUGUAUAAAUAAAAAACAGAUAACUUUUGAGGAUUUUUUUCCUGUUGAAUACUCAGGUAGAUCGACAAAACACCUUGCGAUAAAAAAAAAACAAACAAGCGCGCGAGUGUGACGUAACGGGGUGUGUUGUCUGGGUGAUCACGUGAUUUUUGGCGUGGUAAAGCGAGGCUAACCACUUCACAGAAGAAGCAUAGAAGAAGAGGCUAAAACAGCUUGCUGCGACACUUGCGUUGUAAAACGUGGACACUGUGUUUAAAAAUCUACUUCUACCUUUUAGAAAAGACGCGAAUUUCUUUUGACCAUUCAACCGGCAUCAUGGAUGGUGGAGUGACAGUAGUUUCCAAUCCCGUUGUGAGUGUGCGGCUAACAAGAACCAUCUCCUCCUUUGAGGUGCCGCUCAGGUUCAAUAGAGGGAUUAGUAUUGCCGAACUAAAGAGAAAAUUGGAGAUGGUUGUGGGCACAUCUCCCUCCAGCAUGGACCUUGAGUUGUUCAGUGUCUCUGACAAGUUCCUGCAGAAAAUGGAUGACAACGACGCUUUGCUGGGUUCCUAUCCUGUGGAUGAUAACUGCAGAAUACAUGUUACAGACAGAAGUGGUCAGAUGAACGAGUUCGAUGAUGUUUCCAAAGUGGAGAAGUUUGAACUCUCAGAUGAAGCUUAUGAGAAGAGAUCAGAAUCAGCGAGGUCAUUCAUGAAGAAACAUCGUGUUGGUCAUUUCAAUGAGGAAGAAAUGGCCAAGAAGAAAGCUGAGAGUGCCGCGCGGGAGGAGGAACAGAAGGCCGCUGCUGCUGCCAUAUCUGUUGGCAGCAGAUGCAAGGUGCAGGUCACUGGGCAACCCACGAAGCUUGGCACAGUCAUGUAUGUUGGUACAACAGAUUUCAAGCCAGGCCAUUGGGUUGGUGUGAAGUACGAUGAGCCCCUGGGAAAGCACAAUGGAACUGUUGACGGAAAGCAAUACUUUGAAUGUGAAAACAAAUAUGGUGGAUUUGUGAAGCCCCUGAGUGUGACUGUGGGAGACUUUCCUGAAGAGGACUACGGUUUAGAUGAGAUGUAGGACUGUUUUGUGACAAAGGGGGCUUUUGCCCUGAAAUUGGAAAGUCAACCUCAAGCUGUCAUCAACCUAUCAACCAGAGAUAAUGGAAAAAUUGAUAUUGUAACAAAUGCUUUUUUUUUUGGUUUUGUUUGUGCUUCUCUGGAGGGCAUGAUCCAAAGAGUGACGCCUUAAGAUGUUUUAGGUUCCAGUUCUCUCUCACUAACACAGAGACAGCCUGUUUGGGGUGAAUGUCAUGAUGUACAUCUCUUGGUGUGCUGGAUAUGAUGGUAAUAGUACAAGAUAAUGACACCAACAAGGUUUGAUAAAGGAGGUUUUCUUGCAUGUAAGGCAGCAUAAAGAAGGUUUGAUGUUUGGUCUUUCACUUCAUGCACAUCUGUUCAAUUCACUUGCUUUAAUAAUACUUGUUGCUUCCAAGUGUUCUCAACAUGGGAGUCUUCUGUGUAAUCUAAAAGUCUGUAUUGACAGUUUAGAUCAAUUCAUUUCUCCUCAUUUUGUUUGUAUCAGCUUGUACAAAGACGAUUGUAUAUAACUGUUUAUAGUUAACUGUAACUGUAACUCUUUGAAAAAUUCGAACACUGUAAAUUGCUGAGAGUGAUCCGAGGAAAAAUCCCCCCUAGAAUACUUUGAUACUGAGUUACAAAGUGGCUCUAUACGUUCUGCUCCGCAUUAACAUUGAUUAAAAUCAUUCCACCAUU